GCGAAGAGCUUACGCAGAGCUUGCAACGGAAAGCAGCGUUUUCAAAUUUCGAACGCUUUUCAAAUUCGAACGCGAUGUUCUAAUUGGUUUUCAAAAUUGGAACCUUCAAGCCCGGGCAUGGUUUUUAAUUAAAAACCCUUUUUCUGGACUGCCAGUUUCGCGUUGUUGAACUUUUUUUAUAUUUUUUCCGGCGCCGAAUACAAAAGAAACAUUUCCAUAAUACAAAUAAAGUUAAUGAAAUUGUAGUGUUUUCUCCUCAGUUUAGUUGUACGAUGAAGUUAUUCUUCCCAUUUAAAUCGACUGAGAUAUAAGCAUCAUUAUUAAACAUUGAGAUUAUCGUCGACCACAAGAUGCCCCAUACAGGUCAAGCCGGCGUCAAUCAAUUAGGAGGUGUGUUUGUCAAUGGACGACCGCUUCCUGAUGUGGUGCGAAAAAGAAUUGUAGAGCUGGCCAUCAUGGGGGUCAGACCUUGUGACAUCAGCCGGCAGCUACUCGUCUCCCACGGCUGCGUCUCGAAAAUCCUCACCAGGUUCUAUGAGACGGGAUCCAUUCGGCCUGGUUCUAUUGGAGGCAGUAAGACUAAGCAAGUAGCAACCCCAACGGUCGUGAAGAAGAUACUCCGGCUGAAGCAGGAGAACCCUGGUAUGUUCGCGUGGGAGAUCAGGGAGAGGCUGCUCAGCGCGAGAGUAUGCGAGCCACACUCCAUACCUUCGGUGUCCUCUGUCAAUAGGAUCCUGAGAAACAGUGGGUUGGCAUGGAGCGACGAAGAGCCUAGAUCCGGGCAUGACUCUUAUCCACCAGCCGAGUUACCACCGAACGUAAUGGACUAUAUGUCUUUAAAGAAUUCGUUGCCUCAUGUUCCACCACCAUCACAAACUCCUUCGUACUUUGCUCACUCAGCAGUACGAGUACCACAACCUCAAGAUCCUUCCCUAUACGAUAGGCGACUAACCACAUCCUGGCUUCUAGCCAAUCAAGUACAAGCGCAAGGACUUUUAAAACCAUACCCGAUAUCCCCCUGGCAGAGAAUUAUGAUGCCCUACCAUGAUUCUAAGAAUUUCUCGCCAUACGCUGUAAACCUCCACAAUGACCUCCUAAGCAAAAUAAACUCGGAUGAAGUGAAAUCGGAGAAUUCCGAACAUAUCUCCGUAGAAGCAAGCGACGAUAGUACAGACAGACCAGAUACAGAUGAACGAAAAACACCACAUGAGAAGGAAAAGAAGAAAAAUCCUUAUUCAAUAGAGGAAUUGCUCAAGAAGCCUGAAAAAAUUCGUUCUAGUCCUGUUGGAUUCCAAAGUUUUCUACGUCAACCCAGUGGCAGUAUGAUUGAAUAUCAAAGCCCAGAAAAAGAUACAAGCAACAGAAGUUCACCCGCCAGUUUUUGCUCGGUACAGAGCAGUGUAUCUAACGAUUGCUUUACAGAAUCUAUUGCAUCGGAAAUAAAGGCGGGAAACUGAACUCAUUCGUUCUAAAACUCUAUCUGAAUCUGUGCAAUAAAACAAUAAAAUGACUAAGUAACAAAAAAUUACUGCUUUCUACAUAUACAUAGUAUCUACCUAUUUUAUCAUCGGAUCGAAGUGUGCGAUAUUUUUAAAAUACUUAAGCAAUUUGUUGUUGAAUUAGAACUGCUCUACGUAACUCUCCGUUUCCAAUAAUAUGUGUAGGUACCUAAAUAAAGUUACAUACUCUAUUUAUCAAGACAAAUUAUCUCUUCAUACAUGUAUUAAAAUAUACAUAUAUAGCAUAAUAUAUAUUGUAAUGUUUAAUGGAAACACGGUGUAAUAUACGAUUUCAUUAUUAAAUGCCAUAUUAUUAAAAGGAUUUUUGUGACCAUACUAGAUCAUAGUUAUUAUUAUAAAUUACAAAGUUACAUACAUUCCAGUUACAUAUUUAGUG